UGCAGUGGUGUGUCCCUAGCUGAAGGAGCUGGUCCGAGCCGCGGCCGUUCUCGGAGCGCUGCCUCCCCCCGGCCCGCAUCCCCCUCUGGAGGCCCCGCACGGGACUGUCCGGCAGCAUCCCCGGCACCGGGCGGGGCGCUGAGCCCCGGGGCCCCCCCGCUGUCCCGGGGAGGGCUCGGCCCGGCCCUCGGGGGCGGGCGAGUCCCGGGGCUAUGAAAGGAGCGGCGGCCGCGCCCGCCCCAGAGCCGCUUCCCCGCCGCGCCGCUCCGCACCGGCGGCCGCCCCAGAGCCGCUGCCCUCACCAUGAACAGAGGCUUCUCCAAGAAGAGUCACCCUUUCCUGCCUAAAAUAUUUAGAAAAAUGUCUACUCAAUCAGCAAAAGAGAGACCUGAGAGUUUGCAUUUCCCAUUCCUGGACGAUGAAGACACCAUCUCCACACUGAAAGAAUCCAAAACCUUUUUCAUCCUCCGGGGCCUGCCUGGCAGUGGGAAGUCCACCCUGGCCCAGGCCAUCCACGAUCGCUACAAAGACGCCUGCAAGGUCAUCUCUGUUGAUCACUAUAAAAUCACACCAUUAAUCAGAAGCUCCAUUCCUGAAGAGUACUCCAAGGUGGAUGAGGAUCUAGUUGACUAUUGCAAACGGGAGAUCAGCGUCAUUGUUUUGGAUGACACUCACCACGAGCGGGAGCGGCUGGAGCAGCUCUUUGACAUUGCUGACAAGUAUCGCUACAAAGUCAUCUUUGCCGAGCCCAAAACCCCCUGGCGCUUGGAUUGUCCCCAGCUAAAGGACAAGAACCAGUGGAAACUGUCUGUGGAAGAGCUGAAGAAGAUGAAGCCAAGUUUAGAGAAAGAAUUCCUCCCCAUGUAUUUUGGGUGGUUUUUGAGCAAAAGAAGUUCAGAGAUCCUGAGGAAGGCUGGCCAGGCAUUCUUGGAUGAGCUUGGGAGUCUCAAAGCCUUCAAAAAGGAGAGUAAAUACUUUCCUUCUGCUAUCGAAGAUCCCAAAAUAAAAAUAGAUCUCACCAGCUACUUUGUGAAGAGGCCACCUGGGGUCCUGCACUGCACCACGAAAUACACUGAGUUUGGAAAAGCAGCUGGAGCUGAGGAAUAUGCACAGCAGGAAGCUGUGAAGGCUUCCUAUGGCAAAGGCUUCACCCUGUCCAUCUCUGCACUGUUCAUCACCACAAAGACUGUCGGGGCUCGCAUCGAGCUGAGCGAGCAGCAGCUGCUGCUGUGGCCAGGGGAUGCUGACAAGAUCCUGCCCACGGACAACCUCCCCCGGGGCAGCCGUGCCCACAUCACCCUGGGCUGCGCCAACGGCGUCGAAGCCGUCCAGACAGGGCUCGACCUGCUGGAGUUUGUCAAGCUGGAAAAGGCAGGCAACAAAGGGGAGCAAGUGGGGGAAAUUGGAGGAGGGAAACUGCUGUAUUUUGAUAAUGGGAUGUGGAUGCUUGUGCUGUCGAAAAAGAUUGAUGUGAGGGCGAUAUUCUCGGGGUACUAUGGGAAGGGAAAACUCGUGCCAACACAGAGCACCAACAAACGGGGCGCUGCCUUUAGCUCCUGCACCAUCAUCUAGGAGCACGGGCAGGGCAGCUCCUCGGUUUGUUUUUAAAAGGCAAGUAACUCCUGUAACCUUAAAAGUGUAAAGAGAAAUAAUUUCUACCUUUACUAAAGUCAACUCUCCUGCCCACCCCAGCGUGAAGCCUCUGGGGAGUUAUCGGCCUCAGAAAAGGAAGAAAACAAGCAACUCCUGACUGGAACUGUCAUGGAUUUUAAUGUGAGUUUUGGAGGGAACCUGCUGGGGUGUCCUGCUUGUUUUCUUCCUUGGAGAAAGAUCAGCUCUGGGGCUUUUAUUGCUUCCCUCUGAACCACAAUCGUUCGAUCUUUACCUGUUGGCACUGACCAAAGCCUGGCAGUCACUGGUCUGAAGCCAAGGGAACUGCAGGAUGUCCCUCCCCUCCCACAUCCAGGAGCUGACAUUGGCCAUUCUGGCAGCUGAUUACAGGGUCAGAACUAGUGAGACCCAGGCAUGGGUCACUCCUGUCAGGAGUCCUGUCCUUACCAAGGGUUUGGCCCCUAAGGACAGACCUUGCUGAGGGCAGCAGGUCCUGGCAGCCCUAAUCACAGCUGCCCCCAGUGGGCUCCAUCCCAGCUCCUGUCCCUCACAGCAGAGAUGCUCUGGGGACAGCCAGGAGGAGGGCACUGUGCCACGUGAUGCCUUAAAGACACCAACUUUGGGGAAAUCAAAUGAAACACCAGGACAGGGAGCCAAUUCCUGCAAAGCAGCUCCAGCCACUUCCCCCCACCUGGGCUGGACCAAGCACCAUCCCAUGUCCUGUAGGGAACAAUCCUGCCUUGGCAGGAAGUGGAAGAGAUGAACUAACAUCUUUUCCAUCUUAUUUGAUAGAAACUAAAAUCAUGUCUGAAGUACACAACUGGACUUCAUGCAAGAUUUUACUCCCUUCCUCUAAUGCACUUGAAUGUUAAGAGUUAGGCUGGAGUAACCCCGUAGUGUAGGAAGUGGAGGCACUGUAACCUUGUAACUCAUGUCUGCUCGAACCUAAACCCCAGCUGGAAGUUACUGACCCAGCACUUGUGUCAUUAAAUCUGUUUUAUUGAAACUUGGGUUUGUGCUCUGGCAGGCCCUGGCCCAGCAGGGCAGUGGCUCCUGGGCAUUGUUUAACACAAAGCUCCACUAACAGCCCCAGGGAAGGUCCCAGCUCGACCUCCUGCUCUGGCUCAGGCUCUGGGGAGCAGCAGAGUGACAUUAACCCAACUAACACUGUAAAUACUGACUGUGUUUGAGGCCUGGGCUGGGGCUGGGCACAGCUCACCCUGAGUCCAGUGGUGCUGGGGCAAGGAGCAUUUCUCUCUGACUGUUGAGGCCAAAAGCAGGGAGAGCUUUGGUGCUUCUCUGGUACCAAACACUCUGCCGUGAAAGCAAAAUACUUCCUGCUGAUCAGAAGCAAAGGAUAUGAAUAAAUUCUCAUUAUACCAUAAAACAGUGAGCUAUAAACCCACCCAGAGCACCUGUGACCCUUCAUGGGGAAAUCCCUCCAACCUUCCACACUGGCAGCAGCCAAGUGCCCAACGCUCAGCUGACAGAACCUCAAGGAUUUGUUCCACCAAAGCUCUACAAGGAUUUGCCAGCACCUGCUCAGGGGCUGGCUGAGCCCACACCCCCAGUGCCCAGAUCACUCCAGCACCAGCAUACACAGCUGGAAUAUCUCCUUCAUCUGCCUGUUCAAGAACAACAGUGACAUUGUCGUCGUUUGAGUUUUUAUUAGUUUGUACAUCAUAUACAGUUUAUAAUAAAGUAAAACCGAUUGCA